UUUCUUAUAAACAUGAAUAUAUAUGGUUUCAUGUUGCAUUCUUGAAACUGGAAUUACAUCUUUCAAGUAAUUUAUCAAUCGAGAAAUUGUUAUAAUGCUCUAGAAUAGUGGAAUAUGCAGUCUUACCAGUUUCUUUGCUGAGAGACGAUGAUUUCCUUUUCUAUUAUAACCAAGUAUGAAUCUCACGAGUUGAGUUGUUUAUGAUUCUCAGGAUGCAGAUGAAAUCAUAGAAGAGUUUGCCACCUCUCAGACUAAUACAGCAUGAUCUAUGGAUGAGUUCCACGAGAAGAAUGUUCGGCGGCGGGUGUAUGAUGCAUUAAAUGUACUCAUGGCAAUGGAUAUUGUUACGAGUGAGAAGAAAGAAAUCAGGUGGAAGGGACUUUCUCCUACACAAACAAAGGAUUUCGAAGAACUUAAGGCAAUGCAGGUUCAACUAAUGACAAGGGUCUCACGGAAGGCAGCUUAUUUGAAAGAUUUAGAAGAACAAAUUGCAGGUCUCGAGAACGUAAUCAAACGGAACCAGCAGAUGCCCAAGAACAACACAACUCCUAAAGAAGGAUUUACCUUGCCAUUUAUAUUGGUUCAAAGAAGCCCACAUGUCACUGUUGAGAUUGAGAUUUCUGAGGAUAUGCAACUGGUACACCUUGACUUUAACAGUACGCCGUUCCACUUGCAUGAUGAUGCUUAUGUUCUGAAGUUAAUGCAUUACUACAAACAACCCGAAGGUGGAAAUCUCUCGCAAAGUUCUUCAAUUCAUUCAUCUUCAAGCUCUUGCAAAGCAUCUGGAGCCAUCAAACCAUUAUACUGGAUUUUGGAAACAGAUACCGUCAAACAAAGUAUAUCGGAGAGAUGAAUGGUAUCACUAUAGCCUCUACCAAACACAUGUAAAACUAAAUCUUUGGUACCUGUACAUUGUUAUUUCAUUGGGAAAAAAAAGUAUGGAAUCAUUUUGCA